AUGAGGCUGGACAUCGUGCGGAAGAUAGGAUGGUUCGCAGUGUACACGGUCUUCCUUCAGAUGGCGCUCAUCUUAAUGUUCAUGGGAUUCGUUCGUUACGAUUCCCUCUACGACGGCUACAUAUGGAACAGCACAAAAGUCUACGGUCACAACACGCCGGAUUUGAAUCACUUCUAUCCGAUGUUUCAAGACAUUCACGUUAUGAUUAUCAUCGGUUUUGGUUUCCUCAUGACCUUCCUGAAGAGAUAUGGGUUCUCCGCCGUCAGCCUGAACCUCCUGCUCUCGUCCUUAACGCUGCAGGUCGCCAUACUCGUCGACGGCAUCGCCAGGUCUAGGGGAGGCUAUAUCAAGCUUAAUAUUUUAACCCUGAUGGACGCGGAGUUCGCGAGCGCCACCGUCCUCAUCUCCUUCGGCGCCGUCCUCGGGAAGGUGUCGGCCACGCAGCUGGUAAUCGCGGUGCUCCUCGAAAUCCCGGCGUGGGUCGUCAACAAGUACGUCGGGGUUGAAGUGCUCGGAGUCGUCGAUCUGGGAGGUUCGAUUCUCGUGCACGUCUUCGGUGCCUACUUCGGGCUGGCCAUGUCGAGGGCGCUCUCCCGGCGUGUGUCUCCCAUGGACCACGACCUCGAGGCCUCGAGCUACAACUCAGACAUUUUCUCGAUGGUCGGCACCACUUUUCUCUGGGUGUUCUGGCCUUCCUUCAACGCCGCGUUAGGAACAGAGAGAGGAGCUGGGAGAGCGGUUAUCAACACUUACCUCGCUCUUGCCUCAGCUGUGGUCGCGGCUUUUGUCACCUCUGCUUGGAAAAAUGAGAAGAACAGAUGGGAAAUGGUCCACGUGCAGAAUGCCACGCUAGCCGGGGGCGUGGCGGUGGGUGCCGUGGCGGACCUUAUGCUCCAACCUUGGGGCGCCCUCAUGCUAGGAUUUCUCUCGGGAAUCCUAUCGACUCUGGGAUACAUGGACCUACAGCCUCUGUUAGCCAAGCGCCUCGGUCUGCACGAUACCUGUGGAGUCAACAACCUGCACGGGAUGCCAGGCCUCCUCUCGGGUAUUGUGUCUAUCGGCAUGGCACUAUUAGCAUCCGAGACCUCGUACGGGAAAGACCUGUAUAUUCAGUACCCGAUGAUGGCGCCGACGAGCAACACCACGGCUCUGCUGGAGCUCACGGAGGAGGUGCCCGACGUCUCCGCAGGCUCUGCCAGGACCAGCGCCCAGCAGGCCUUGUGCCAGGGACUCGCGCUCCUGCUGUCGACGCUCAUCGCUGGGGCCUCUGGCGCUGUCACAGGGUUCCUGCUCACCUGCGGAAGCACCUGUGAAUCCCCGAGGCAAGAACAGCUGUUCACCGAUGACCCUUGGUGGGAGGUUCCAGACGCCGAUGAGGUGAUGGAGGCGGACCGAAAUGGGCGUGACUCGGGGAAACUUUUCAGAUGUCAUGGUAAAAGGGACAGACUUCAGCGUGAUGUAAAAGUCCUGAUAUCUCUUGGAAAAAUGUUUGUUUGCAUGAAUAUGGAAAUCCUGAAGCUGAUUAUGUUGCAUGCGUCGCCAGUUCAGGCUAAUUACCUACGCCGAAGGUUUGGGCAAUUGUCAGGCCUUUCCACCAGUAGUGAAAAUACGCCUGCUAAAUCGGUGGCAUUAUUCACCGUCAACGUAACACUAUAUUCUGGCCUUAUGGCACCCUCCUUGCCAUUAAGGAAUUUGAUAGCACACUCCUUGUCAUGUUAA